ACCAUGGUGAACCUGGGCGUGCGGCGAGUGGAGGAUGAUGUAGCCGCCAAGCACCCGGUAAGGGCCGGUCCAGCCACCCUGGCAGCCCCGCGAGCCCCCAGCAGCUCGGCCGCUCCCCGGGCCGUUCCCGGUAACUCCGUUCUCGCAGGCAGCGUGGCAGCAUUCGCCGUGCAGAAGCUGGCGCGGCAGAAGCUGCCGUACAGUCCGCAGUGGAGCCUGCUGCUGGCCGCGGGGUCCCUCGGGAGCUACGUGGUAACCAGAGCUGAGACGCAGAAAUGCUCCGACUUCUGGAUUUACCUGGAGACAGGCAAGUCCCCACAGGAGCUCACCGUGACUGCUGGGGUGUCUCAGCCUGCAGAAAACCUCCCCAGUGCAGAGGACAGGGACAGCACUGCGACACUGGUGAGGAGGAACAGGUAUGGUGACAUGGUGGAGUAGCCAGCAGACCAUCGCAUGCUGUGCCCAUGUCCCACUUCACUCUCUCCUGCCUGCCCAACCCGACGCUUCCCGUGCUUGCCUGUGAGGCUGGUGGGCUUGACAACAYUGCUGGGAAGCUCAAAGGACUUGAUCCUGCAGUGAGAAUGGGUGGAGGUGCCUCAAGGAUUGCUGCUGCCCGUCCCAUGACCUCUGCACAUUGCACUGGGGCUACAAUAAAAGUUGAGAGUUGAAGGCACUUGUUKUGGAUGAGGUGAAGGACAGAGCAGGUGGUGAAUGUCAGCCUGAGGCAACCUCUGCAGUAAAUGUUGGAGCAGAGAGCUCUGGUCCCUCUGUGGCAGUGGCACUCAGCACCUUCAUUGCUCUGGAGUGGCUGCAGGCACAGACCAGUCUGGGCUAAAUUGUGAGAUUACAACUGUUGCUGUGUCCUCCUAUGUUUCCUGAGCCCAGCCAAUCCCCAUGUCCCUUCCUCYGCAGCAGCAUUUUCAUACCCACCUGUGCAGGCCUGAGCUGAGCCCCACAGCUGGGUGGCCUCUGGGGUGUCCUCUUCCCCUGCAACAGGGGUGACCAUGUGCCCAAGGCCCCUCUCUGCAGUGCUUACCUGUCACUAGCUAGUCCCAGAUUGCCCAUCCAGAUCCAAAACUAGUUGGCAAGGGAAUGRUACUGCCCCGAAUCCCAUGCAUGCAGCGGAGCCUGUGGGUUUUUUCCUAAUGUCAAACUCCAAGUCUUGACUAGGUAAACUGUCUGCUCUUGGUGAAUGUCCAGCUAUGAUGCAGCUGCAGCUGAAUUUCUUAGAAGAGGAAACCCAGCCUGGGUUUUGGGAGCUGCCUGKGUUCUUAAAGCAACGUUUCAGUUUUAGGAACCAGAUGUGCCUCCACCUUUCUGUGAGAUAUAUAGACAGGCCCUGAGCCUCACCACAGGAGGGAGUCCCUGUGCUGAGGAAAUGAGCUUGGGGAGAAAACUGGGUUUGGGGGUUCACAGCAUCAUCUGAACUGGGAUCAGGUUUGCCCUGGGCAGAGGAGAUGUGGGAAAGCCAGUGGAAGAGCUGAAAGCAAAGUGCUGCAGGGAACAGAUGUAUUAAGCCAAGCAUUCCCAGAGCUCAGCUGGAGCAGGGAAGAGAGUUGAGAAGUAAGCAAACCCAUAGAGCAGAGUUAGUGCUGCCAGCAGGAGCAGUGAGAAACUGCAGCUCCCUACAGCCACUCCUCUCCAGUGUUCAUGGAACKUCCAGGGCAGGGGRCAGCUUCCUGAUGGAUUGCAGAGCUGGGACCAGCCCUAUGCAGCUGCCGGGCACCAGAAUAUGUGUCCUGGCGUCUCUGAGCUGCCAGUGACUGCAGCAGCAAAUGUAAGCUGCUCUGCUGCCCUUGAGCACCAGAGCUGGGCCCUGGCAUCUGAGGCUGCUGCAGGUUGUUUUCCAUGGGGGCUGUGGCAGUGAGGGGCAGCUUGAGCUUUCUGCUCCCAGCUUUGGGGUGACUGCGCCUCCAGCACUGGGGAAAUCUGAACGUGGUGACUGGUCGGCUGGAGGUCCUGCACCUCCAGGUGGGCCUGGGUCUGGAGUGAGAUUUCCAGCCCACCUUGGUCUGUUUGAAGUGGGCUCUGGGCUGGUAGAGCCAUAAUGUUCAGCACUCGACAGGCUGCAAGGGCUGAGACCUUUGGGCAGAGCCUCACCUGUGGAUGUGGCUGAGGGGCUCUGCCCCCAUAGGACAGCCAGGCUGAAUUGGCUGUUACUGAUAACAAGCAACCAAGCCAUAGCAGUGGUUAUAA